GCCGUUUCCUAUCACUAACGGCAUGAUCCUGUAAACAACAGACAAAACCCGGGGAACACGCCACGGGCUCUGCAACCCCAAGACAUGUCUCAAUAGUCCCAACGAUCGACAGCUUGGAAGCUGAAUAGCCCCGUCAAGUGUCCACCCGUCUCAUCUUUGAGGCUGGGCAUGACCUCACACUUCAGACCCGGAUUCGCUCCCUUGAUGUAUAUAAACCCACUGAACACCUCCCAUCAAACCUCAUCAUUCAUAACCAAACUCCCACUCUACACAUCCAGACCAUCCAACCAACCAACCAACCAAUUCUUCAAAAUGAAGUUCUCCAUGAUCGCUCUCUCCGGCCUUGCCAGCGCCGUCUCCGCCGCUUCCCUCCCGUCGCGCUUCACCCUGAUCGCCGAUGACAACAAGCCCGUCCUGACUGAUGGCCAAUAUGCCUACAUCGGCGGCAACGUCUCCAACACCAGACAAAAGCUCAUCCUCUCCGGCGGCUCCACCGGCGGCAUCUCCUACACUGCCAAGAACGCCGUCCCGACGGCCUUCCAGACCCUGUACAUCAUCGAAGACAACGUCUCGCCCAUCGGUCUCACCAUCCCGCACUCCGGCGCCGUGCCCGAGGGCGCCAACACCACCGCUUUCGGUGUCAGUGACGAGGGUCUCUUGACUCAGGGUGGAAAGCCCUGGUUUGCCAUCGAUGGGUAUGGGGAUGUCCAGGAGAAGCAGGUUUAUUGGUAUGGAGCGCAUAAUGCGGAGUUUGAGGCCGCGAACUUGAAGGUUCAGGAGUGUACGGAGGAGGAGUGUUAGAGUCGGACUCGGAAAGAGUCUUGGAGGUGUGCUGGGGUUUUGGCGGGGCUUGUGCGGGGCAGGGGGUGUAUAUUAAAGAGGGGGUGUGUGUAAGGUAAUUGAUAAUUGUAGUUAUUAUUUGCA